GUCUUAAACAUCACCUACCUUUUAUACAAUAAGCAAACACUUAUUAUUAUUAUUAUUAUUACAAUAAUCUUUGAUUAAUACGUUUGUGUAUUUUCUUGAAUUAAUUAAGUAAUUACUACGUCAAAUGGAGAUGAAUUAUCAUACGACUUUGUUCAUGGUCGUUGCAUUGUUGAGUAUUACUACUCAUCUUUAUGUUGCCAAUGCAGCUGAUCCUCCUUUGCUUCAGGAUUUUUGUGUGGGUACUAAUGACCCUAAUGCCUCAGUCUUUGUAAAUGGACAAUUUUGCAAGAAUCCAAAAGAUGUGGAAGUAGAAGAUUUCAUACACAAAGGGUUUCACAUUAGAGGAGACACAAACACCACUCUAGGAGCAGAAGCCACACUAGUAGACGUAAAUCGAUUCCCGGCACUUAACACACUAGGCGUAGCCCUAGCUCGCAUAGACUUUGGACCCUUUGGCCUAAACACCCCUCAUUUGCACCCUCGUGGCUCUGAGAUCUUCGCGGUGCUAGAGGGAACUCUAUAUGCCGGUAUUGUCACAUCCAAUUACACACUCUAUGACGCGGUGUUGAGAAAAGGUGACAUGAUUGUUUUCCCUCAAGGUCUAAUUCACUUCCAAUUAAAUCUUGGUAAAUCAAAGGCUUUUGCUGUUGCCUCUUUUGGAAGCCAAAACCCUGGCCGAGUUAACAUUGCUGAUGGUGUGUUUGGGACAAGACCACGUAUUUUGGAUGAUGUUCUUACCAAGGGUUUUCAAGUGGAUGAGACCGUGAUUGAACGACUAAGAGCUCAGUUUUUGAGUAAGAACUUAUCAACCAACACUGGAAGAUCUAUUAUUAAGCUGUUGGCUCAAGAAGAUUAUUUGGCUGAUGAUACGUACUAAUUAAUUUUAUUAAAAUUAAUUUCGUACGUAAUAUAAUCAAGAUUAUUUAUGGUAGCUAGCUCUAAACCACAAAUAAUCUUCUUAUCAAGAUAUGAUUUUACUUGGCAUUGUUUGUGUGGUUUGGAUUAAUCUAGGGUUACUUUGUGCUUGGCUUUCUGUAGUUCAAAUAAAUCAGAGGAAUUUAGCACUAUUCUGUUGUAUGUUCAGUUUACUAUUAGUUUCUAAGUGUGCUGUAACUCAUCAAAAUACAUGUGUUUUUUUUUUUAAAUGUUGAUUAUGAAUAAAGAGCUAGUCUUUGAUCGGUUUUAUGUGCUCAA